UCUCAGAGCAUGAUCUAUGGACCAGCAGCACCUAGCAUGGUGUUAGCACUGCCGAAUAUCGGCUCUACCCCAAACCAAGUGAAUCCAGCCAUCUGUGUUUUAACAAGGCCCGUGGGGAGUCUGAGGCACACUCAAAUUUGAGAACUACUUCCAGUUCAUCUGGCCCAGCAUCUAAUUCCAGGAUGCUUUUCCAUUUCAUGUGUUUGUCUCCCUCUUCAAGAUGUGGACCCUGAAGGCAGGAGCCAUGUUGGUUGUCUCUCUGGCACUCAGACCAGUUUCAACAGGGUGAUUGACGCCCCAGGGUAACUGAUCAGUUUUCCUUUCCCCUCCCUGCCCUGUACAAGCACAAGGGAGUCUGGGGAGAAGGAGAGAGGAGGAAAGGGUCGAUGGAAGAUGACCUUCUUUUGUUUUCCCGAGUCUCUCAAGGGUUUGAGGUUUUUGUGGGAGGUUGGGGCACAUUAUGCUGCUUCUCUCAAAUUGGAGACCAUUGUUACCAUGUAAUUUUAUGUUGUGGCCUGACUUGAUCCAGAAUUCUGUCUCCAAUAGUUUUAUGUGGGUUUUCUCCCUGGAAAAAGUUUUUAUUGCGAUUGAGCAAAUAAAGCAAUGUUGGCUAACUGUUCCCUUUUCUGGAUCGAUAUGUCCUUCAUCUGGGCAAGUGGCAGUGGCCAGCUCCUCUGGCUUGCAGGACCAGCAAGGAAGAUUUUCAGACGUGACUAAUGUAUAGGCUCCUUGGACUUCCUACUCAUGAACUCUCAUAAAAUGCGCUUUGUUCCAUCAUCGGCAAUUUAACACAGCAGCAAGCAGUCCUGGGCUGGGGAGCAGCCUGGCCUCGCCUUUAGUGCACUUCCUCCUUGGGCUGGCUGUGAGCUUUCAGAUAGCCAGACGUAAUUCCUUUUGAAUUGCUUAAUGGACAUACAAUUUUAAUCAGUCAUAGGACACUUGAGUGGGAAGGAACUGGAGAAAUCAUCUACUUCUUUAUUUUACAGGUAAAGGUUCUGGCUUAAAGAUUAUGCAGUUGGUUAACAGAAUUAUGACCAGAGCUAGUGCGCUGCGCAGGCGCACUACGCCGGUGCCCGGUGCGAGGGCGUCACCGGAAGUGCCCCGCGGCGCCCGGGAUGCGACAUGGCAACAUCGCGGUUGCCAGGGCGACGGGAGCUUUCCGCAGCUUCUGGUACUCCAGAUUGGAAACAGAACCGUUAACUGUCGAGGGCCUUAGCAGCCGUCGUGACCCUCUAGGGAAUCCCACGAUGUUGUUCUACCUGACCAAGAAAAUUUCCUUUCCCAAUAACGUGAAGCUGAAGUGUGUAUCCUGGAACAAGGGAGAAGGGUUCAUAGCAUGCGGUGGUGAAGAUGGAUUACUGAAAGUUUUGAAAUUAGAGACGCAGACAGAUGAUGCAAAAUUGAGGGGCCUUGCAGCCCCCAGUAAGCUUUCUAUGAAUCAGACUCUUGAAGGUCAUAGUGGUUCUGUUCAAGUUGUUACAUGGAAUGAACAGUAUCAGAAGUUGACUACCAGUGAUGAAAAUGGGCUUAUCAUUGUGUGGAUGUUAUAUAAAGGCUCUUGGUUUGAGGAGAUGAUCAACAAUCGAAAUAAAUCAGUUGUUCGCAGUAUGAGCUGGAAUGCUGACGGACAGAAGAUCUGCAUUGUAUAUGAAGAUGGGGCUGUGAUUGUUGGUUCAGUGGAUGGCAAUCGUAUUUGGGGAAAAGACCUGAAGGGUAAACAGCUAUCCCAUGUAACAUGGUCUGCGGACAGUAAAGUCUUACUUUUUGGAAUGGCAAAUGGGGAAAUACACAUUUAUGAUAAUCAAGGAAAUUUUAUAAUGAAAAUGAAACUGAGUUGUUUGGUGAAUGUCACUGGAGCUAUCAGCAUUGCUGGGAUUCAUUGGUACCAUGGCACAGAAGGCUAUGUGGAGCCUGAUUGCCCUUGCCUUGCUGUUUGCUUCGACAAUGGAAGAUGCCAAAUAAUGAGACAUGAGAAUGACCAAAAUCCCGUUUUGAUUGACACUAGCAUGUACGUAGUAGGCAUCCAGUGGAACCACAUGGGCAGUGUGUUAGCUGUGGCGGGCUUCCAGAAGGUGGCCACGCAGGACAAAGAUGUGAACAUUGUGCAGUUUUACACUCCAUUUGGUGAGCAUCUGGGUACUUUGAAAGUUCCUGGGAAGGAAAUAUCUGCACUAUCUUGGGAAGGAGGUGGACUGAAAAUUGCACUAGCUGUUGAUUCCUUUAUAUAUUUUGCAAACAUUCGACCUAAUUAUAAGUGGGGUUAUUGCUCAAAUACUGUGGUUUAUGCAUAUACCAGACCUGAUCGUCCAGAGCACUGUGUUGUCUUCUGGGAUACAAAACACAAUGAAAAACAUGUUAAAUAUGUGAAGGGUCUCAUUUCUAUUACUACCUGUGGCGAUUUCUGCAUUUUGGCUACAAAAGCUGAUGAAAAUCAUCCUCAGUUUGUACUAGUUCUUUGUAAUUCUAUUGGUACUCCCUUGGAUCCCAAAUACAUUGAUAUUGUACCACUGUUUGUUGCAAUGACAAAAACCCAUGUGAUAGCAGCCUCGAAAGAAGCAUUUUAUACCUGGCAGUAUCGUGUGGCAAAGAAGCUCACAGCAUUGGAAAUUAAUCAGAUUACACGGUCUCAAAAAGAAGGGAGAGAAAGAAUUUAUCAUGUUGAUGAUACCCCUUCUGGAUCUAUGGAUGGUGUGCUUGAUUAUAGUAAAGCCAUUCAAGGCACAAGGGAUCCAAUUUGUGCCAUAACUGCAUCAGAUAAGAUAUUGAUUGUGGGUCGUGAAUCUGGCACCAUUCAGAGAUACAGUCUACCUAAUGUUGGUUUGAUUCAAAAAUAUUCCCUUAAUUGUCGAGGCUACCAGUUAUCCUUGAAUUGCAACUCUAGCCGUCUUGCUGUCAUAGAUAUCUCAGGAGUUCUGACUUUCUUUGACUUGGAUGCUCGAGUAAUGGACAGUACAGGACAGCAAGUAGUUGGAGAGUUGUUAAAAUUGGAGCGAAGAGAUGUCUGGGAUAUGAAGUGGGCCAAAGAUAAUCCUGAUUUGUUUGCAAUGAUGGAGAAGACAAGAAUGUAUGUGUUCAGAAACUUGGAUCCUGAGGAACCCAUUCAGACCUCUGGAUAUAUUUGUAAUUUUGAGGAUUUAGAAAUUAAAUCUGUUCUUUUGGAUGAGAUAUUAAAGGAUCCAGAACAUCCAAACAAGGAUUACCUAAUUAACUUUGAGAUUCGGUCUCUGCGAGAUAGCCGAGCACUGAUUGAGAAGGUUGGAAUUAAAGAUGCAUCUCAGUUCAUAGAAGACAAUCCACACCCCCGACUUUGGCGCCUACUGGCUGAAGCAGCUCUUCAGAAACUGGAUCUCUACACUGCAGAGCAAGCAUUUGUGCGCUGCAAAGAUUACCAAGGCAUUAAGUUUGUGAAGCGCUUGGGCAAACUACAGAGUGAGUCAGUGAAACAGGCUGAAGUUGCUGGCUACUUUGGCAGGUUUGAAGAGGCUGAAAGAACAUAUCUUGAGAUGGACAGAAGGGAUCUUGCUAUUGGCCUCCGGCUGAAAUUGGGGGAUUGGUUUAGAGUACUCCAGCUCCUGAAAACUGGAUCUGGUGAUGCAGAUGACAGUCUCAUGGAACAAGCCAAUAAUGCCAUUGGAGACUACUUUGCUGAUCGACAAAAGUGGUCGAAUGCUGUACAAUAUUAUGUACAAGGGCGGAACCAGGAACGCUUAGCUGAAUGUUACUAUAUGUUAGAGGAUUAUGAGGGAUUAGAGAACCUUGCCAUUUCACUUCCAGAAAACCACAAGUUACUUCCAGAAAUAGCACAAAUGUUUGUCAGAGUUGGGAUGUGUGAACAAGCAGUGACUGCAUUUUUGAAAUGCAAUCAACCAAAGGCAGCGGUAGAUACCUGCGUACAUCUCAACCAAUGGAACAAAGCUGUUGAAUUGGCUCAAAAUCAUAGUAUGAAAGAAAUUGGAUCUCUGUUAGCUAGGUAUGCAUCUCAUUUACUGGAAAAGAAUAAAACUUUUGAUGCCAUAGAACUCUAUCGGAAAGCCAAUUACUUUUUGGAUGCUGCUAAACUGAUGUUUAAGGUUGCAGAUGAAGAGGCAAAGAAAGGAAGUAAACCUUUACGUGUCAAGAAGCUCUAUGUAAUGUCAGCCUUACUUAUAGAGCAACACCAUGAACAGAUGAAGAAUGCCCAGCGAGGAAAAGUUAAAGGAAAAAGUUCAGAGGCCACUUCUGCCUUGGCUGGUUUGCUGGAAGAGGAAGUUCUGUCUACAACAGAUCGUUUCACAGAUAAUGCAUGGAGAGGGGCAGAGGCUUACCACUUCUUUAUGCUUGCACAGAGGCAGCUCUAUGAGGGAUAUGUGGACGCUGCACUGAAGACAGAUUUGAAAUUCUACCUUCGUGUGCUGAGACCAGCUCGGUCAGGGAGACCCUAACCCAGUGGCGAUAGAGGAAUUAAAGACAUGCACGCAGAAAUACAGAUGUAUGAAGUGGGAAAUCAGGGGUCUCACAGCCUUCAGAGCUGAGAGCCCCGAACAGAGAUUUACUCAUUUGAGGUGGAGGUGCCACUAUACCACCAUGGUUCCAGAUAAUAGGAGCUCUUGCCAUACUUCUUAUAUCUACCAUCUGACUGUUUUGUUCAGACCAUCUGAACAUAGUGUGGCCAUGGCACGCAGACUGAGAGGUGCAAUUCAAGCUAAACAUCCCCUUAGGGGACCAAUUAAUAAUGAUUCCAUAGGAAUCGUGCAGCACCUCUGCCUGUUCUGCAAUGUAAUCUUCUUAAACAAGUAUGUUCAUUUUUUCUGGCCAGGUUCAAUUUUGUUUACAAAUAGGUUUUUGAGGGCGGUAUGCCUCAAUUAUAGGAGCAGAUUUAUUAUGGUAAAUACUGAAAUCAGAAAGCAUGUGUAACUACAUCAUAGAGUGAUUACAUCUAGGCAUUAUUGCCAGCCAAGAUUGAUAAAGAUGCCCAAUAAGUAUAAUUGUUCCCUGUGUCAGCCCUUAUUGAAGGAAUACUCACGGCAAUGGUGAUCACUGCUAUCAUAGCUACCAUUAAAUUACUCAUUAUGACUGGUUGUCCCGCUUUCCUCAGAUUUUCUUCCAACAUCUGUGACAGCUUCUUGAUCUGUCCCAAGGUGGGUAGCUGUGUUCGACGGGUGUUGCUUGUGACAGCUGGGAUCCUCCUCUCCUCAGUGUCAGUUUUGACAUUGCUGCAACCGGGGGGUCCUCGGGAUCAUCCCGGAAUCUCUUCCUCAGCAUCUGGCUUGUAAGGUUUCAGGUGUCUUGAUGGUAUCCAAAUCAGCUGUUGAUUUUGGCCUGGAGAAACACAAGCAUAACC